AUGACUUUAUUACGUUCGUCUACUUUUUCCCCUGAUCUCUUGGUGGAGCUCCAGCCUACCGCUGGGCUGCGUGCGAAAAUGUCACGACUGGCACAGGCAUCUUUGGCCGGCUCGUCAUCGGAAACGGCAGCGAAGCGUCCACAGGUUGCAACGCGUCACCAUCGCCACUGCUUGCGCCGCCACUACCUCGUGCUUACCGUCUUCGUUGCCUCCGUCGCCGCCAUUACCUUCGCCGCCGUCGUCUCAGGCGCUUGUUGGAUCUCCUGCGGCAUCGCCCGCUUCUGCACGUUGGCCGGUUCCACGCCGCCCACCACGCCUUCGGCACCUCUGUACAACGGUUCGAUGGUGUCGGACGUGUCUGACGAGUCGAUUUAA